UUGAUGAUAAUUAACUCUCAUUCAUGCUGCCUUCUCAUCCUUGUCUAUCUACCUUUUAUGGCUUACCCAAGGUACACAAAAGGGUUCUUUCCCCUCAACUGUCGUCCGAUUGUUUCUGGAGUUGACAAUCUGACUCAAAAUGUCAGCAUCUACCUUGAUACAAUUCUUUGUCCCUUCGUCUUGAGUCUUCCCUCUUACAUAAGAGAUAUGACAGAUCUCUUACUCAAAUUUGAUCGCAUCACUUUGGAACAACACCAUUGGCUAUGUGCCAUUGAUGAAGAAGCACUCUACAGUUCAAUUCCUCAUACAUCUGGUUUGGAAGCCGUCGAAUUUUAUCUUAAAAGUAGAAGUAUACAUUUGGUACCACACAAUAAUUUUAUCAUGACCCUCUUGUCGUUUGUCUUAAAGCACAAUUUCUUUACUUUCAAACGGAAAGUCUACCACUAACUCAGGGGCACGUCUAUGGGGUCCCCAGUGGUCCCUAACCCACGCCAAUAUGCUCCUGGGUUGGUGGGAGGAGACUGUUGUAUUCAGUGACCAUCACUCCCUUUAUCAUGAUUCUAUAGUUCUCUGGGCACGCUAUAUCGAUGAUAUAGCAAUCAUCUGGUCCGGCACACCUGAACUAUUUGAACAAUUUGUUGGGGCACUUAAUCUGAAUAACAUUGGUCUAAGAUUUACUCAUGAGAUUAACAUAAAUUCUCUCAAUUUCUUGGAUGUUAUGCUAGAACGCAAUGAGGAAGGUGGUAUCAACACCAAAGUCUUAAGAAAACCUAUGACAGGAAAUAAUCUGCUGAGGUGGGAAAGCCAUCACCCUUUGCCCCUUAAGAAAGGCAUCCCCAAAGGCAAAUACUAUCGUAUUCGACACAAUUGUUCAUCCGAAUCGGCCUUCAAAUGUAAAGCCUCUCAACUCAGGUCACGAUUCAAGGAGAGGGGCUAUCCAGAUAAAAUUCUUAGACAGGCAUAUCAAAGUGCACAACAAAAAGAAAGAACUAGUCUUUUACAACCAAGGGACACGGUGGAGGACAACAUCACUCCCCCAUGGAUCAUAGCUACAUUUGAUGCCGCGGUGACAGACAGACAUAUUAUUGACCAGUAUUGGCCAAUUUUUAAAUCGGACCCCCUUGUAGGUCAAUUGGUUGAGGAUAGAGCCGUCGUCACAUACAGAAGAAGGUCUAGGAACCUAAGGUUUUGUCGGUUCAUAGCCACUUCUCAGCCCCCAAUAAAACAACAUGGCUUGAUCAUAACAUCAAAGGUACCUUCAGAUGCGGUAGUUGUAAGGCCUGUAACUAUGUUAAAGUCUCUAAAACCCUCAGAAGGUACACAGACAACCAUGAGUUCAAAAAUCAGAAUUAUGCCAAUUGCAAGACUGCGGGAGUCAUUUAUUUAGCUUCUUGUCCCUGUCCUAAAGGGUAUGUACGGAAGACAAAUAGACAGUUCAGACGGCGCAUUUUGGAACAUAUAGGGGAUAUUAAAAAUAAAAGGGACAAAACUCUAGCAAACCAUAUGCAUCUCCAUCAUGCUAUCACUCCUCUUGAUUUAACAUUCCAAACUAUUACAACUGUCAAAUUGGACAGUAGAGGAGGCAACUUGGAUAAUAAACUCCUACAGAUGGAGACCAGACUGAUAUACCAGCUGAAAACAUGUAUCCCCUACGGAUUAAAUGAUGCAAUUACUUUUGCUUCCUUUAUCUAAGGUACUCGUUAUCCUAGUUCUCUCUCCCCUUCUCAUUGGACUCUCCUCUCCUGGACUCUAUUUUAGAUGUUGAUCUAUAAUUAAGGUCGCUGCCAGUAUCGUAUUUGGCAAGGAAUUUUUUCCUUGAAUAUUUUUAUCAUACCUCUAUUAGGACGUGUGGGUAGUAUUGGUUAUCUAGCUUUUCAGUGACCUUUGUCCUAAAUAUCCAUUCAUAUACUUUUCCAUCUUAGUGCUACAUUUCUUAUCCGCCUCCAUAUAUUAUUUUAAGAAUGGUUUUCCAUAUUACCUCUUAUUCUGCAUGAAAUCCUGAUGUGGAACGCUUGUUUGCAUUCCACAAGAUGGGCACUGACGUUAUCAUGCGUCUCACUGAGACCGGAUGUUACGUCAGUUGCGUUCCACUCAUUGCUAGUGGCGUCUUGACUAAACAGAUAGUAAUAUCCCUUUGUGCUCCAUCCGACCAGAUGUGACAUUACGUAGCGUUCCAUUUACAGGAAGCAGCGUCACGGUAUGCGCCAACAGGGACCUUCUUAAGCGCCGGACAUGUGGCUCAGAGCAGCGGUGUCUCUGGGCUCGCCGGCAGCAAGCAUUGGUUCACCGGCAGCAAGCAUCGUUCCAUCAGCAGCAAGCAUCGUUCCAUCAUGCAAUAAGGUAUGUGGGGACCGUUGUUAUUCCCCUGUGUUUAUCUUUUGGAGCUAUUAUUGGCCUACGAUUCUAAUUUCAUCAUGGUAAUUUCAACUAUUUUUUCUUUUGCUCCAGCUUAUCAUGGCCUAUUUCGGGCUGCCUCUUUCUUGCUGCCGUUUUAUCUAAAUUGUUUUUGAUAUCUGACUGCCGGAGUUCUUAAUCCAUCAGUAGUCAUGAAUAUCCCUCAGGCGGCGGAUUUAAACUAUACUUAAAUAAAUGUAUUGAUGGGCAAUAGUUUCUAUGCUGUAUAUUAUUGCUAUCGUAUACUUUUUUUCUCAUAUAUCUGUCAAUACACGGAUAUCACAUUGACAGUGACUUGUAUUCUCUCUGACCAGCUGAGACACCUACUUACCCAUUGACGUUACACUCAUCACCUAUCUUUGUAUCAUUUAAGUGUUGGUCUAUUAUCUUUUA